AUGCCUCAGUCCCAGGCACCAGGAUCUCGGCGGAACGUGAUCCUCCACGAUAGACAUGAAGGCGCAGUCAAUUCAGUAGUAUUCUCACCGGACGGCAAUUCGGUCGUUUCUGGGUCUCAUGACAGCACUAUUCGCAUUUGGGACGCGCAGAGCACGUUCUCGAGAGGCGACCCAAUAAAGGGACAUAUUUGGCCAUGGGGUGUGAAAUCGGUCUCCUAUUCUCCCCUCGGUGAUAUGAUAGCUUCUGGAUCUGGCGACUCGACGGUUCGCUUGUGGGAUCCGAACACUGGUCAACAAAUAAACCAACCGUUCAAAGGACAUGAGGAUGGCGUUGCCUCGGUUGCGUUCUCUCCGGACGCCAAUCUCAUUGUUUCGGGUUCGAAUGAUACCACUGUGCAGCUGUGGAAUCUUAAAGGCGGUAAAUCCCCUGGCCCAUUUACCGGGCAUACAGACUGGGUCAAUACCGUGACAUUCUCUCACGACGGCACCCGGAUAGUUUCAGGUUCAGGAGAUCGAACAAUACGUGUUUGGGAUAUUGAGCGAGGGGAAGCGAUGACCAUAGAUGGUCACACCUGGGGAGUCAAUUCAGUCGCGCUCUCCCCCGACGACACACAGAUUUUGUCAGGCUCACACGAUGGGACUGCCAGUCUGUGGGAUAUCCGAAGUGGAAAAAUGAUAGGUAAUCCGUACAAAGGGCACAACUGGUGGGUCAGCUCUGUCGCCUUUUCUCCUGAUGGAGUCCGGUUCGUCUCUGGUUCCGGAGAUUCGACUGUUCGCGUUUGGGAUACACGAAGAGGGGAUUUGAUUACUGAGCCGUUUGAGGAGCAUACGAGCUGGGUGUAUGCGGUUGCAUUUUCGCCCUGCGGAACACGCAUUGCGUCAGGCUCAAACGACAACGCAGUUAUGAUUUGGGACAUAGAAAACAGCUCUGAUUCAGACGAUGAUGAUGGCUCUACGAUUGCACUUGAAGAUGACAAAGACUCAAGUGUUCUUAGAUCCGAUAACUCAGGAAAGGUUACCCGGAAUAUGACUAUGAAGGACAUGUUCGACCGUCUGCUUGAUCAUGGUUGUAUUGACCUGUCGACCCGAAUGGACAUCAGACAGGAUAAUGCCAGAAUACUCACUGGGGGUAGCUUUGGUGAUGUAUGGAAGGGGGAGCUGUACAGCGGAAAUAAGGUAGCAAUUAAGGCAUGGCGCUCUUCCGAAAUUGACAAUCACGACUACAAAACGCUCAAGCGCGCUACACGAGAGAUAUUCUACUGGUCAAGAAUGAAACAUGAUAAUAUCCAUCAGUUGAUGGGUAUUAUUAUCUUCAAAGGAGCAUUUCUCGGGAUGGUUUCGGAGUGGAUGGAUGAUGGUAACCUACGUGAAUAUAUACUAAGAAACCCUCGGGUCGACCGGUACCAAAUGGCUAUUCAAGUCGCCUCAGGCCUCGCAUAUAUGCAUAAUAGUCAAGCGAUACACGGUGACCUCAAAGCCAUGAAUGUCUUGGUUUCCUCCGAAGGUGUCGCCAAGCUAAGCGAUUUCGACUUCUCGAUUAUGUCAGGAGUUAGUCUCGCUUUCUCUGGAAGUAGUAGUAACAACCAACCUGGAAGCACGCGAUGGGCGGCACCAGAGCUACUGUCGGAAACCCCUUCCAAGAGGAGCAAGCAGAGUGACGUAUACGCCCUUGGAAUGACAAUACUUGUGAGAAAAGACUCAGGAAAUAUUUACUGGAAACAUUCCUUAUCCGGAUUGCAAAAUGGAUUAUCGAGUAAUAUUGAUGGUGCAAAAAAAAGUUCUACCAACUCGUCCGAUAGACCGGAUCAAGGAUGA